UGAUCCUGUUCGGUUUGGUUUGUGCUUGCAUCGGGAAAAAGUACGUCACAGUGGGUGGCAGGUAGUGGUUUUAUGCUGAACGUGAUUCAUUCGGUAAUGUGGAUUUCGAGUCUACACAAUGAAGGAACAACAAACAGUUAUAUAGGUGUGCAACUCACACGCAGGAGCGCAGGCUGCUGCCAUCAUCGCUGCCGCAACCGGAGCCGGAGCGAAUGUAGUGGAAAAGAGAAAUGAAGUUCAGCAACUGUAGCCGCGAGCAGAGCCACGGCACGGCAGAAUCGAAGUUGUACUCGUCGGAGUGAAACGUGAGUGCUCGGAGUGUGACCCGUCGUGACUGCGUCAUAUUCUGUGGGCACCAGAGAAGAAGAGUUGGGUCAUAGUCUGGAUGUGUACUGAAAAUUGAUUCCUCUACGGGUUUUCAGCAAAGGUUCGAAUGUCAGAGACCCCCAGGAGGACCCGGAAGAUUACUGUGUUAAAUCGGAACGGUGAAAAUGGCUCUGCCCUACGAGGUCCGGCAAGCGAGCGGUUCCCGAAAGUGGUGAAAAUUUGUGAGUGUGUAUCGAAGAAAAGCCAGCCUCAGUGGAAAAAUAGGGGGUUGCUGCCCGUUCGCUACGGCACCACUAUUACGGCCGAGUUGGGUGUGUGUUUUGGUUUUUCUUUUCGGUGGCUCUGGGGCUGAUUACGACAACGACGACUACAGCGACGCACGUUUAUGGCCUGCAGUCUAUUCUAGUGCAUAACAGGAGUUUUUAGAUUGGAGUGAAGUUGAAGGUGCUUCGAGUACGAGAAACAAGUCCUUGGCUUUGUGAGGUGUGUGUAUUGAUUGAAGGGCCGCUAGCACAGGUUUGGCACGUACAGCACUCGGCGAAAAAAGCGGUGCGCCCCUUCGGUUCUUAACCUUAGUAGGCGAUGUUUUUUUUUCUCCCCGUGGAAAUUGUGAGUGAGGUGCGUGUGCCAAGGAUUGUCCCCAAGUGGGGUGAAAGGCAGUAAAAAUUGUUUUGUGUUGCAAAAGUGUAAUGUUUCAAGUGUCUCUGGUGUCUGGUGGAAAAAAUCAAUGCUACAAAGUGUGUACUCUGCCCCGGCUGGGAAAGCUGAAUUGAGUAAUUUAGUGUGUGGAAAAUCUGGCUCGGGAAAAACCGAGCAUCGGUGAGGGAAAAUCAGUACAGUCUGAAACAUAUCGAUUGUUCAGGAUCUGCCACGGGAAGAGAAAUUUUCGUCGUUGCCCUGUGUAAUCUGUCAAAUUUUCAGCCCUGGGCGGAAGUGAAAUGAUUCCAGCAUCCGUCAUGGAGCAGCUAGCGCCAUCGUUCCUGGUUGAACUGCUGCACUCGGUGCCGCACAUCAACAUCACUCUGCAUCGGGUAAAUGACACCUUUAACCCCAACAGCACCAUCUACAUUGAGAGCUUGGGGAUACUUGCCUCGAUUCCGGCGGCCCUGCUGAUCAUCUCACUGGUGUUUCUGCUGCUCUACCUGCUGACCAGAUGCUGCGACCGGAAGCCACGGAAGCCCAAAUCGCACGGCUGCCAGAAGUGCACACUGAUCUUCUUUGCGAUCGUGUGCUGCGCCGCGAUCGGACUGGGCCUGUACGGAAACGACGAUCUGCACAACGGCGUGCUGCAGAUCUUCGGAUCGGGCCGGAAGAUCGAACAGCUGAUACUGAACGUGCGGAAUCAGACCGAGAUGGUGAAGCAGAAUCUCAAAUCGAAAGUGGUCCUCUCGGAAUUGGAGGCCAAGUUCGAGCAGCCACCGCAGCUGUACAACCAAACCGCCCAGUACCUGCUCCAGGACACGGUCAAGAUGGUGAAGGACAACACGACGCUGGCCAUCAACGCGCUGGAAACGGUGGUCUACCUAACGAGGCCCUCCUACUCGGAUAUGACGCUGAAGAGCUUACUGGAUACGUACGAAUUCUACGAGGAGCUGCGAUGGCCUGCUACGCUAGGAUUCCUGACUUUCCUGUUGCUGCUGUGCAUCAUUCUGGUGAUCGGAGCUACACGGAGUUCCCGCUGUGCGCUGAUUUUUUUCAGUGUGUGCGGUCUGCUGGCAGUAACGGUUUGCUGGCUUCUUUCGGGCAUUUACCUAGCCAGUGCCGUGGCACUGGGCGAUUUCUGCAUGAAACCGAACGAUUUCAUCUGCAGCCAGCAAAAACUGAAAGACGUCCAGUAUACGUACUGCAGCUCGGUCGGCACCAAUCGCUACGUUCUACGGCUGAACGAAUCCAAAGACUACGUUGACCGGGCGAAGGAAUCGUUGGAGACGGUGACACGUAUCGCCAUCGAUCUGUAUCCCCGUUUCGAAAUGAGCUCGAAAAUUAAUCGCCUCAACGGCGAACUGGAUGAUAGCAAGCGCCAGCUGAUAGCCCUAUCCGCCAUGGCUGACCGGCGAACUGUCAUGGAGCACUAUGCCAACGCAACACGAGGCCUAUGCGAGGGUGGCCUACUGGGAUUGACCCUUAUGCUGCUGGCCAGCUUGGUGUCGGCUGCCAUCCUCAGCUUGCUGGUGUGUGUCGAUUCGCACACUUGGAUCUAUUUGACGAAGAAACGACCCUACGAGGACAAAUCGGAAACGACACCGCUAUUCCCGGCCGGGGCAGCGACAGCCUCACCAUCCGCUCCAAUAAACUCGGGAACGAUGACGGUGAACCGUACACUGCUGCAUGCGCAGGCAGCCACGACCAACGGUAGCACCGGUGGCGGGCUGAUACCGAGCAGUGGCCGCAACGGGACCACACACGGAUUGCGCGGGUUGGUGGCAUCCUACAGUGGCGAUGAGUCGCCGCCACCAGAUUAUAAUGUUGUGGUGCAUGAUAACAGAGCCUCCGGGCACCACACGCUAGGCCGACUACCGUCGCAUCAACAGCAGAAUAACCUGAGCGGGCCGAACAACGGGAAAUACGCAACGCUUAGUAAACAGUGUAAAACACUCGAGUCGAGCGAUUUCUACUGAGAAUCGCCUGCCUGCAAUCGGUCUGCAGGCAGCAAUAAGUUAGAUUUAAAACUGACAGCAUCUACGACGACCCUAUCGGACAAAGAUCCUCGAGACAUUAGUAACAACGGCUUCAACCGCUUCGAUCCAAAAUACGUCAGCAUCGGUCCAAAGGCGAUCCGGGCAGUAGGGAACCAGAU